AUGGAUACUACCGAAGGUGAAUUCACCACCAAGGAUGGCACGAAGUUGUACACCAAAACAUGGAAGCCCCGAAGUGAUGCAGUCCAGGCCGUUUUGAUCUUCCUUCAUGGAUUCUCCGAUCAUAUCAAUGCCUACUACGACCUCUUUCCCACCUUGAGCUCUUCGCCAUUCAAUGUUGCAGUCUACGGAUUUGACCAACGGGGCUGGGGCAGAUCAUGUCAUAAGCCUGCAGAUAAUGGCAACACUGGCCCAACAGCGAUGGUCCUGUCCGACAUCCACGACUUUGUCCUCCAUGUGGCAUCACUGCCGGAAACCCAAGGCAAGCCAUUCUUCCUGAUGGGUCACAGCAUGGGUGGAGGCGAGGCUCUGUGCUACAUGCUUUCCACUUCUCCAGACUUUUCGAACCGUCCGGCGUUCUCAGGCCUUCUCCUGCAGGCGCCUUACGUGGAAAUGCAUCCCUCGAACCAACCAUCUUUCUUGAAGGUUCAGGCAGGAAAGCUAGCCGCCAUAGUCCUGCCGCACACGCAGCUCAAACAAAAGCUGAGCGCGACAUAUAUGUCCCGUUCCGAGAAGGUCUGCCAAGACUGGAUUAAUGAUCCGCUGUGCCACGAUACCGGCACGUUGGAAGGACUCAAAGGACUUUUGCAAAGAGAGGCAGAACUUUCUCAUCUCUCCCAUGGCCGCACUGUCCAUGGCUAUACAACCAAAUCUCCUUGUCCGAUAUGGUUCUCCUUCGGCACCGGCGACCGAAUCUUGUCGUACAUCGCAGCGCAGCAACUCUUCAACGUCCUGGAGGCCCCCAACAAGGACAAAACGUUCAAGUCAUAUCCCGAUGCCUAUCACAAGCUUCACGCUGAGCCCGACGGAGUUGGUGAGCAGUUUGCGAAAGAUGUGGGAGAAUGGAUCCUGGCACGUGGCAACAAAGAGGCUGAAGUCGUUCAGGUUGGUCAAUCACAAUCCGAUCUGAAGGCGGACGGUGGCUCAUAG